AGAAUGAAACGACUGAACAAAAGAACAGCACAGCAAGAGAAGAGACUUCAGCAUGCAAACCUUCAUCUGUCCAGCUUGCUCCCUUGUUUUUGUUCCACGCUUCUGGGCUUCUGAUGGCUGCUCCCAUUCCCCAUUCGCACCAGCAGUACAGUGAGCGGCACCAACAGACUACUGACCCGUCUGUGCCGGCUCUGCCCCACAGCGAGCAGGCGCAGCAGUCUAUUGCCAGCCAGGUGACCCCUGAUGUUGUCAUGUUACAGAGGCGCAUGCCCCAGUGCUUUCGCGACCCGUCCUCAUCUCCCCUAAGGAAGCUCUCUAUUGACCUGAUCAAAACCUACAAAUGCAUCAACGAGGUAUACUAUGCAAAAAAGAAGCGGAGACACCAACAGGGCCAGGGCGACGACUCCAGUCACAAGAAAGAGAGGAAGGUCUUCAACGACGGCUAUGAUGACGACAACUACGACUACAUCGUCAAAAACGGGGAGAAAUGGAUGGACCGCUACGAGAUCGACUCCUUGAUAGGCAAAGGCUCGUUUGGACAAGUUGUAAAGGCAUAUGACCGUGCAGAGCAGGAGUGGGUGGCAAUUAAGAUCAUCAAGAACAAGAAGGCUUUUCUUAAUCAAGCCCAGAUUGAAGUGCGGCUCCUCGAGCUCAUGAACAAACAUGACACGGAGAUGAAGUACUACAUAGUUCACCUUAAGCGCCACUUCAUGUUCCGGAGCCACCUGUGCUUGGUGUUUGAGAUGCUCUCCUACAACCUGUACGACCUGCUGCGGAACACCAACUUCCGUGGCGUCUCACUCAACCUCACACGCAAGUUUGCCCAGCAAAUGUGCACAGCGCUGUUGUUCCUGGCCACGCCCGAGCUCAGCAUCAUUCACUGUGACCUGAAGCCCGAGAACAUCCUGUUGUGCAACCCCAAGAGGAGCGCCAUCAAGAUCGUGGACUUUGGCAGCUCCUGCCAGCUGGGACAAAGGAUCUACCAGUACAUCCAGAGUCGCUUCUACCGCUCCCCAGAGGUGCUGCUGGGCAUGCCUUAUGACCUGGCCAUCGACAUGUGGUCCCUGGGCUGCAUUCUGGUGGAGAUGCACACCGGAGAGCCCCUCUUCAGUGGGGCCAAUGAGAUUGAUCAAAUUAACAAAAUAGUGGAAGUUCUGGGUGUCCCUCCCAAUUACAUAUUGGACCAGGCGCCCAAGGCCAGGAAGUUAUUUGAGAAGAUAUCGGACAGCACGUGGGGUGCAAAGAAGACCAAAGAUGGCAAAAGGGAGUAUAAGCCGCCGGGCAUGCGGAAGCUGCACAGCAUCCUGGGUGUGGAGGCGGGGGGUCCUGGGGGGCGGCGGGCGGGCGAGUCUGGCCACGCUGUCGCUGACUACUUGAAGUUCAAGGACCUGAUCCUUCGGAUGCUGGACUACGACCCCAAGAGCCGCAUCCAGCCCUACUACGCCCUGCAGCACAGCUUCUUCAAGAAGACUGCGGAUGAGGGGACCAACACGAGCAGCAGCGUGUCCACCAGCCCCGCGCUGGAGCAGUCCCAGUCCUCGGGAACCACCUCCAGCACCUCCUCCAGCUCAGGAGGGUCGUCUGGCACGAGCACCAGUGGGCGGGCGCGCUCGGACCCAACACAUCAGCACCGGCACAGCGGAGGUAACUUCAGUGCUGCCGUGCAGGCCAUGGACUGCGAAAAUCUCUGCCCACAGGCGAGGCAGCCGUUCCCUCCUCCAGUUGGCUGGGCUGGUGGCAAAGGGGCGCAGACAGUGACAGUGGAGACCCACCCCGUCCAGGAAACCACCUUUCACGUGCCUCCCCAGGCGCCCAAGGCCAUCCACCCCUUGGCCCCCGGCAACAGCUCCUCCGCCCACCAGCACCAUCACCACGGACACCAUCACUUACACCAUCACCCCCACCACCCCCAUGCACAGCAGGGCCUGCCUGCGCAGCCCCGCCUCUACCACUCCCCUAUCAACAGUGCCUCCACAGAGAACUCGGUGGAGGUGGUGCACGGCCACCUGUCUAUGACCUCCCUGUCUUCCUCCUCCUCCUCCACAUCUUCCUCCUCCACCGGGGCCCAGGGGAACAAGGCUUACCAGCUGCGCCCGCUCCCCGCCAACGCAGCCUUGGACUUUGGCCAGAACGGCAGAAUGGGACUGGGUGCCUUCUCCAACCCCAGACAAGAGACUGGGAUGGCGGGCCACCCCACCUACCCCAUGGGCAUGAGACAAGGCGUAGACAGGGAGGAGUCGCCCAUGGUAGGAGUCUGUGCGCAGCAGAGUUCUGUCGCCAGUUCGUGACUAAACUGAGAAUGUUUGUUUUUUUGAAGGUGGUGGGUUUUUAUUUCAACAAAAAAUGUGCAUAAAGAAUCAAAAAGCUGCUUUAAACUGGAGGGGAAGCUUAUCACUGACCCUCUACCACAGUGCAGAGCCCACCAUCUCUCCAACUCCUCCCCAUGCCACCCUUGGGUUUCUCUCUUCACUUUGGUUUCAAAUUAGAUUUUUCGCUCCACCAUUUUCAGUGUUCACAGGGAAUUAGAUUUUUUACUACAAACGAUCUUGCAUAACAUACUUCACAACAGUACUGAAACAUCCAUUCAUUUCACAUACAACUCUCACUUGACUCUGCAUGGUUUGCAUUAUUCCUUGUUAUUGUCAGCCGAGAGCUUAGAAGUCUGUGGGUAGAAAAUUAUGUAGACAUUAUUUGUUGACGGCUAUUUAGUAAAGAAAUUGUUAAAGCACCAUAACAUUUCCAGCAACUCCUAUCCACACAUUUGCACUUUUUUCCAUAUUCGGCAAGAAUAAUUUUCUCUUUGGAUUUAUGUUCUCAUUUUAAUUGUUCUGUUCUGUUGUGCAAUUCCACCUGUGAGCUGUGAGACCUGAAGUGUAUACUACAAAGCAGGAUCAAUGAGUUAGCUAACUUUUAUAAACAACCAGGUUACUGUCAUUAGACCAUUUCCAUUUCAAGCUUAUGUAUUUUUUAAAUAAGUUCUUUCAGAAUAUUUAGGCAAGUUGGCUGGCUAACUGAUCCUGCUUUGUAGUAUACCUGUCUAUAGAGUGGUGGAGGAUUGAAGCAUUAUGCAGGAGUUUCCAUCUCGCUGGGUUUGUCUGUGUCACGCUUUCUUUGAGAGGGAUGUGGAUGUGCUGCGCUGGGGGCCAGCCAUGUACAGCUGUGCAGCAGAGUGCUAUGCUGGGAGGCCCCAGGCCAAUAAAGGUGGGCCCUCCUAGCCCUCCUCUGGACUGGUAAAAAGGCCACACUGAAGAGAUGUACUUAGGAGCAGUGGCCAGGGCCGAGCCACCCCAAACCUACAGUACAGAUGUCCGGGCAGUGUCCGUUUUUUUAGAUAACUCUUUGGCCUUAUGUUUUUUUUGGACUCUGAAAUUAAGGGUGGGGGGUGGGUAAAGAAGCUGUACAUUAUUGUUUAAAUGAGAAAAUAGCUUUCCUCUAUUUUUGAAGUUUGGAUAAAAAAAAACAUAAUUCUUAACAAAGAAAAAGUUGGAAAAAAUGUGUUUUGAGAAUGGUAAUUUGAGGCCUUUAACUAAAACGUGUGGCUUGCGAGGUCCAGUGAUUGCCGGGCCUUGUAAUUUCACAGAAGUAUUUUUGUUGCAAGAUGGAUGGAAUUAGCUAUGACUGUGUCCCUUCCAACUUUUUACUUGCUUUUCUUUGUUUCUUCAGCAUGUGGUUCCUCCAACAGAGCUUCUGCAAAAAUGUCUUCUGUUCAUCUUCAAAAUGAAAACAUGCUGAAUUUUAUGUGACUGCUUUUUUGCCUCACAAUUAUGCUGUGAAUUUUACAAGAAUUUAUUUUCCCUUUUUGAUAAUUUAUUGUACCAAAGCUGUUUUAUAGCACAUAUAUGUCUGUAACCAAUAAUGUAGCAGUUCUGCACUUUGACACAAGGUGUAUCAAGACCUUUUUUAAAUGUCAGUAAAAAUGGCUGUAUCUAUUGCUUUUGCAAAACCUUAACUGUUGUUGAACUCAGUACAUUUACUGUUAGCUGUAUCUUCAACAGAAUUGGUUGUAAGGUUUUUUUCUCUCUAAAAAGACAAAAAAAACUAUCAAAAACAAAUCUCUCAUUGGUAGAACUUUUUUCUGUUCUCAAGGACUUGAGGGACAAUAGAUGCCAACGCUGGUUGCUACUCUGCGGGUUCCGGAGUAUCAGUAUGGUGGCUGUUAGUUGAGGCAAGUCCUCGUAUUCAUGAGUUGAAAGUGAGAGGGGAAAGAUGUGAACAGUGCAUUAAUCCUUCAAUUUGUGACCAGAUAUUCAGAGGCUGUUUCAAACGUGCCUGUCUGGAUAAAGCUGCCUUGACUACUUUCGGCAGUCUUCAUGGCAGUGGCUAAAAUGGUGCCCCUUUUCCCCCCUCAAUUUCGAAGCAAACAUUUUUGACCUAGCUAGCAGAGAGGCACUGUACACAUCCACAUUUUUGCUGGGAUACUGCUCUAAAUUAGCUAAAAUCCAUGUUUGACUGAAGCUCUCACCAUGGAGGUUGAAUCCAAAAGGAAACUAGUAGGGACGAAUGGUGUGAGAGGUGAGCCCUGCCUGCUGGAGUGUCAUACUCCAGUCUCAUCGUGUGAUGCCUGAGGAUACGGGAGAACUGGCCUAAGUUUUGUACCCGUUGCAAAAAUUUAAGGGGGCGGCAACAGCUAGAGGAAAGGUGUCUAUGACAUCACAGGCUUCAGGUGUUUACUUUUCAACCCCAUUUUAAUAGCUGAAAUAGAAUUUAUUAUGUAUAUUUGUAUUUUUUUAAUAAAGGAAGUUUAGAACUCACUACUUUUUUCCUAAUGGUAUUUUGAGUACAUUGAAGUCAAUGUGGAGACCAUGCAGUGGAAGUUCUGUGAUAUUAGUCAGUGGGUAACCGUGCUUCCAGGCCAAAGUAGUUGACAAUGCCAGUACAAAUGCAAAACUUUUAGGGUUUAAAUUAACAGGAGAGUAGAUAUUCAUACCUUAAAUAUUAUAGACAGGGUAUAGUGUGUGGAUGUGUCUACAAACCUGAAUGACAGCUGUGUUUUAAUAUAUAAAUACAUAAGCAAUUAUGUACAUAUAUUACAGGAACUAUUUUUAGGUGCAUUAAAAUUGGCAUAAGCUUCCACCGUGGGGCCAUUUGCAGUCGGGCUACUGAUAGGCGUGUGUGAAAGUGAAAGCCACGAUCGUCAACAAACAUCCAACUUUUACUCCCAAGUGUUCAAUAUCAUUUCUGCUUUGCUCCCUAUUUCAUUGGAAUACAGGCUUUUUAUUGCCACCCUUGCCUUCCUGUCCCCCAGUCGUCUGGUUUUGAGUGAUUGACAACAGUUUGGUUACAGGACAUCUGACGUGCAUUGUAAAGAUUAAACGGCAUGGGAAAAGAAAUACCUGUGUCCACAGAUUGUAAGAUCUAGUCAAUACUUGCUCUGUAUAUGAGAAUGUUCCAAACAUUUAAAAAAAAUGGACAAGCCCUUUGUAUUAUAUUCAAGCGGUCUUAUGUAUGAUAUUAAAAAAAAAGUGAAUCAACUUGUA